AUGACGUCCUUCGUGCAGCUGCAGGCUGCAGCCUGCACCACACCAGACGCCACGAGCUCACCGACGUCCACGGCGGCCAGCAGAGCACUCCAGCAGCGUCGUCCAGUGGCGCCGGUAAACAGAUCCAAUCUCCUUCUCUUCUCCCCCCAUCCUCUGCACGCCGCCAGUCUCCAAUCGCGCGGUGGCCGCCGUCCUCCCGUCGCGCGGUGGGGCGCCGCUGGCUCCCACCCCCCCCGGUCGUGCGCGCCGCUGGCCGCUGUCAUCCCGUCGCGAGGUGGGGCGUCGCCAGCCGCCACCCUCCCGUCGCGCGCGCCGCCGGCCGCCGCCCUCCCGUCGCGCGGUGGGGCGCUGCCGGCCACCGCCCUCCUGCCACCCUCCCGUCGCACGGUGGGGCGCCGCCGGCCGCCGCCCUCCCAUCGCGCGGUGGGGCGCCGCCGGCUCACGCCCUCCCGUCGCGCGCGCCGCCGGCCGCUGCCCUUCUGUCGCGAGGUAGGGCGCCGCUGGUCCCCGCCCUCCCGUCGCGCGGUGGCGCGCCGCCGGCCACCGCCUUCCAGUCGCGCAGCUGCCGCCCAUAGCCCUCUGUCGCAGGCACCGCCGGCCACCGUCCUCCUGUCGUGCGGCCAAAGUCCGAUACCCUCUCGUCGCUGCGCCGCCCUACUGAUUAAGCUCAUCCUUGUGCUGCUGCUUUCCGCAGUAGAAUUCGGCUGGGUGCAGAACGCGUCCGGGCGGGCAGAAGGCACAAUCGUUGCCAUUGGCGGCGGCGGCGGUGAGAUCGGCAUCGGCCGGCAGCUGCUGGAGCACGGUGCAUGUGUCGACGAAGAAGCUGUCAAGGACAUAGGGGGUGAAGCGGAGCUCCGCGAAAACCAGGCAACGCUGCUUCUGCCAGUGGCUGUUCCUCGCGCGAGUGCGAGCCACGAAGUUGAUGUGGAGGUAGAUUUCGCCUCUGAAUCGGGCGCAGCAGGCGUUGAUGGGAGGCGGCAGGGGGAUGAGCUUGCUGUCCUCCACGGGAUCGAACUCCAACUCAUCCUCUGCUCUGCUGCAGAAGAAGGCGUGGUAAAAGGGGAGGACGUCCAUGAUGUACUCCACGCGCCGCUCUUUCUCCGUCACUGGCAUCGUCCUUCUUGUACCCCGACGACCAACUGCUCUCAAAACUGAACUCCUCACCUUACAACAGGCUUCCCCGGCCAUCUCCAAUAAGAUUGCGCAUGACAAACCUGACCCCAUUGAUCGAUCGAUCCAAGAGUUUUGGUUUUCUUGUUUUUGAGCUAGCCACCGUGAUUGAUUGAUCUAUAGAUCGAUUGGUGCCUGGUGUGUGUAUUUGUAAUAAGCAAAUUAAUUAACACAAAUCGAUCAUGAUUCGGAUCUGAAUAAGAUUAACUUCUUAUCCUA